AUGUCCGCCCCGAAAACACUCCAGUUCAAGCCUCUUCACCCAACCUUCGCAGCUGAAGUGGAGGGACUGGACUUUUCCAAGCCCAUCCCUGACUCGGUCAUCGCAGAAGUGCAAGAAGGGAUCGACCGAUAUGGCGUUCUCGUUUUCCGCCAGGCGAACAUGGACAACGACACCCAUGUUUCGUUCACGCGACGGUUCGGAGAACUGGACUCGAUGCCCUUUAUCCGUCGUCGAGGCCGCUUCCCAGACCAGCCACACCUUUUCGACGUGUCCAACUUGGACGACUCUGGCGAGAUUGUCAAAACCAGCGACCGCGCCAUCACGCUGCUGAAGAAGGGCAACGAGCUCUGGCACGCCGACAUGCAGUACCACCCGCGAAGAGACAAGUAUUCUAUGCUCCGGGCGGUGGAACUUCCGCCCAAGGGAUCUGGUGGCGAGACUGAAUUUGCCGACUCCAGGACAGCCUACGACGACCUCAGCGAAGACUGGAAGGACAGGCUAGAAAACGUGGUGUGCGACUGUUCCCUACUUCACAAUCGCCGUUCGGCCGCCCCGGAUCUGUAUCGAGACGUGGAUCCGUACGACUGGUCCAUCUCUCACUUCAAGGCUGUCUACCCACACGAGGGAAGCGGGCGCAAGAAUCUCUAUGUCACCAGCUACACCUACAGAUUCCAAGGGUAUUCUGUCGAGGAGAGUCAAAGGAUGAUACGGGAGCUGAUUGAGCACGGCUCCCAGCCGAAAUAUGUCUACCGGCUCACCUGGGAGCAGCCUGGCGAUGCCGUCAUGUGGGACAAUACCGCUGUCUGGCAUCGAGCUCUCGACGCGUCGGAGUACAUCUUCAAGUACCCACGGGACAUGCGCCGCACCAACACCUUCGACAAUGGCCCUUAUGCUUGGGGAGAGAACGAGGUGGGCAAGGACUGGAAGGUGCAGCUGCCAAAGGAUCCUCUCGUACACGAAGGUUAG